CACUCACUCAGGGAGCGCGCAGGAUCAUGGAAAGAGCCAAAGAUGUUGGCUCGGUCAUGUGAUCAGCUGUGUCCAAUCACAGCUGAUCACAUGGGACAUGUACACUGAUCAUCAGGGCACUGAUGAUCAGUGUGCCCUGAUGAUCAGUGUGGCCCCAGAAGUGCCACCUGUCAGUGCUCAUCUGAUCUGUGCCAAGUGCCAGUGCCCAUCAGUGCCACAUCAAUGCCACAUAUCAGUGCAUACCAGUGCACAUCAAUGCCACAUAUCAGUGCAUACCAGUGCACAUCAAUGCCACAUAUCAGUGCCCAUCUGAGCUGCCUUUCAAUGUCACCCAUCAGUGCCAGUCAGUGCCACCUAUCAAUGCCAAUCAGUGCCACCUAUCAGUGCUGCCAGUCAGUGCCCAUCAGUGAUGCCUGUCAAUGCCUAUCAGUGCAACCUACCAGUGCCUCCUCAUCAGUGCCACCUAUCAGUGUCCAUCAGUGCAGCCUAUCAGUGUACAUCAGUGCAGCCUCAUUAGCGCACAUCAAUGAAGGAGAAAAAUCACUUAUUUACAAAAUUGUAUAACAAAAACUAAAGAAAAAACAUUUUUUUUUCAAAAUUUUCAGUGGUUUUUGGUUUAAGAAAAAAAAAA